CGGCGUAUGGGCGGGGCCUCAGGAGGCGCAAAGGCUUCUCUGCGGGAAGUUCCUGCCGGUGUGGCGGGAGUCGGGGCUAUGGACGCGCCGCAGGAGAAAGAAGCGCAGGUUGCUGCGUGGUUGAAAAAAAUAUUUGGAGAUCAACCCAUUCCACAGUAUGAGGUGAACCCGCGGACCACAGAGAUUUUACAUCACCUUUCAGAACGCAACAGGGAGCGGGACAGGGACGUCUGCCUGGUAAUAGAGGACUUGAAACAGAAAGCAAGCGAGUAUGAGUCAGAAGCCAAGCAUCUUCAAGACCUUCUCAUGGAAAGUGUGAAUUUUUCCCCUGCCAAUCUGUCUAGCACUGGUUCCAGGUAUCUGAAUGCUUUGGUUGACAGUGCAGUGGCCUUUGAAACAAAGGAUACCUCACUCACUAGCUUUAUCCCUGCAGUGAAUGAUUUGACUUCUGAUCUUUUCCAUACCAAAUCCAAAAAUGAAGAAAUCAAGUUAGAACUGGAAAAACUUGACAAAAACCUAACUGCAACUCUGGUAUUAGAAAAAUGUCUACGAGAAGAUCUCAAGAAAGCAGAGCUGCAUCUGUCUACAGAAAGGGCCAAAGUCGACAAUCGUCUUCAGAACAUGGACUUCCUCAAAGCAAAGUCAGAGGAGUUCAGAUUUGGAAUCAGAACUGCAGAGGAGCAACUUUCAUCUAGAGGCAUGGAUGCUUCUCUGUCUCAUCAGUCACUAGUAGCUCUGUCAGAGAAACUAGCAGAGCUAAAACGACAGACUAUACCUUUGAAGAAAAAAUUGGAGUCCUAUUUAGACUUAAUGCCGAAUCCAUCUCUUGCUCAAGUGAAAAUUGAAGAGGCAAAGCGAGAAUUAGAUGCCCUUGAAGCUGAACUUACAAAGAAAGUAAACAUGAUGGAACUGUGACCAGAACCAAAUAAACAUGUCUUCCUAACAAAGAUUCUGAGACCAUGAUAGAAAUAAAUCUGAACACAUCUAUUGGAGGAUGAGAAACCGUGAGCCAGAAACCAGUCAUUCCAACUGAGCCCUGCCCCCAGACCCCAAGACCAACUAGGCUGCCAGCUGCCAGAUGUGUGAAUGAGGCUUCUUAGACUGUCGAGCCCCAGCUGACCUAUAAGCAAACUGCAGUGAUCAGCCAUCCUGACCAAAAGAGAAGCACCACUGCUUUGGAACAUUAAUUAUGUUUGUAAAAUUCCUUCUGUAACAGCACCUGAUGUG